UGGCAGAAGAGCAACCCGCGAGCCACUGCUGUGUCUGUGCACAUCAACUACAGACUGCAAGCUCAAUGAAUCCCUGUUUUGAAACAAGAGAAUGAAUGAAAGCGUUGAGUGCAGCAGCCACGAGGUUCCCUCCCGUCACAGCUCACAGUAAGGAGUUGGCCACAUCUCAACAACUAAAGGCAUGCAGGGAGCAGCUUCUUACAAGAGAAGCGGAAAUCGCGGAGCUGAAAGCCGAAAGGAACAACACCAGGCUGCUGCUGGAACACCUGGAGAUCCUGGUUUCCCGGUAUGUGCCAUCCCUCGGGAUGACGGCAGGCCCGCAGCAGGCGCAGUCCCCAGCCAGCAUGACCAGCGAGGUGGAGCUGCUCAGGGCGCUGAGAUUGCUCUUUGAGCACCACAAGGCCCUGGACGAGAAGUUGAGAGAGCAACUGCGACAUGCUCUCGAAAGGUGUAGUUCCUUAGAAGAGGAAUUAAGGACCGCACACAAACAGGUGCAGAGCCAGAGGGAGCAGGACUGGGACUGA